AUGUUAAACGAAUUAAUCCAGCUAUUUUGCAGCAAUGGUACUCAUUCGAGUGAAUUGUUUUACAAUGCCACUUUACAGUUGAAUGAGUUCUUGGAUAAGAAAGAGAUAAUACGAUGCUUUCCAAGGGUGUCAGAGAACCUUGGAGAUCAAUUGGUAUAAGAUAUUGAUGGAUAAUUAAUAGCCGAAUCUAAGGAAGGCAUCCCAUUAGCUUUUCCAGGCGUACAUUCGUUUUAACGAGAGUUUUGAUGGUGUCCUUACUGCAAUGCUUAGUAGAGGUCUAAUUCACCCUAAUGUAAGAAUUUUUUAGUAUAUAAUAUAAGUGGGUGGUGAGAUAGAAGAAUGUGAAUUCAUUGCAAUCGCUGUUUUUAUCAGAAGGAUAGCAUUUGGAGCCUGGGAGUGGAAUGGUUAAGAAUAUGGUGGAGAUGUUGUUAGGGAAGUUGUGCGAUUGUAACAUAGCAGUUUGUAAGGCCACAGAAUAGGUAUGAAUAUGUUUAUAUUUCUAGACUUUGAUAACUUUGAUUAGUUUGAAUUAAUAUAAGUAAUGUCAUGCAUAAUUGCCAAUGGGAAUUCAAUCUCAAGUGGAGCAUUUUGUAGAAUAGAUGAAGGAAACCAAUUAGAUGAGACAAGAGAUCAGAUUGAGAGAGCCCACACCUAAUGGAUUGCCAUUCGACAAGUUGGAAGACUUGAAAGAUACAUAGUGGCAGAUGAGAGCUGAAGCAAUACAAAGAAUAUAUGAGGAACUGUAAGAUGUAGUCUUGACUCCUUUAUAAGUGGAGGUCUUGUUUGAACAUAUUGUAAAUUUAGUUAAUGAUCAUAACUUCAAUAUAGUGUUAACUACUCUAUAGAUUAUGCAAAGAUGUUUGUAGUUUAACAUAGUGAAGAGUAGCAACAUAGUUAAUAUAUACACUAAGCUAGGGGAUUCGAAAUCAGCGAUCAGGACUGCUGUUAGAUAAGUGUUGGUGAUGUAUUUGUAGAAAAUUGGAGAUGGAGAAUUACUGAUUCAAAUCUUGUAGUUGCCAAACAAGAAUUCUUUUUACAAAGAAGAAUGCUUAGAUCUUCUAAUUGACUUGGUCCAAAGAAAUAAGAUGCUGGUAACCUGAUUCCUCAAUAUGCAGCUUUCACAACACCUCGAGUUGGCCAUCAAAGAAGUGGCUCCUUUCCUCGAGGACCAGAAAUAGAAACUGCGCUCUAAAGCCAUCGACACCCUUACUCAGUUGGCCACAAUCAAUCAGCCUUUGACCAAGCGAGUGUUCUCAUAGCUCUGUAUCACUGAGGAUCUCUUUAACUAAAUCGAUGUUAGCACCGCAUCUUCUAACAAAUCUGAUCUCCCACAAUUGCGAUUCAAAAAAGAACAAAGAGACCCAAAGGAACAAUAUACACAAUCUUUACCUGAACCUAAGCAUUAGUAAUAAUUUGACAUACCCAUUUUCCAAUCCCAAUAAUAAGGAUAUGUGCCUACCAUCAUUUCUCAGCCCCAAAAAUAAUAGAGAAGUGCACAAAAAGCUGAAUCUCACCCUCAAUCUUCCAGCAUUGAGUUCAGAAAUGCUCAAUAACAGCAGGAAUAUAAUCAGCCACCAGCCACUUAACAAAGCAAACCGUUUAGAAUAGUUAAAAAUCCAUAAUAAGACAUUCCAGAUCAAGACACUGGUCUAACUUACACCAAGCCUUUCCAAAGAAAACCAAAGACUGAAGCAGAUAAAACAUUCUAGCCAAUUUAUUUGGAUGAAGUCUUGCCAUUAGAUCAACCAGAAUCUGUCCUUAAGACCUUGCUGAAUGAAUUAAGAUAUGAUGAUUGGAAUAGGUAGUUUGAAGCCCUCAACAAUCUAAGAAGGUUGGCAAAACACAAUACUGAAUUACUCAGAAAAUCGGUCAAUUUCCCAUAAAUCUUAUAAGAAAUGGUCAAAUAAAUUGAAAACCUAAGGAGUGGAGUGUCUAAAAAUGCUUUGAUAUCUCUGUAAGAACUGAGUGAUAUUUAUAAAAAAGACUUGGAUUGUGUGCUGGAUUAAGCUCUAUAAAAAUUAAUAAAGAAAGCUAUCGAUCUCAAUACAUUUAUAAGUGAAGAAGUUAGAAAAUCAACUAUCUCUUUAUUAUAAAAUUGCAGUGAAUAAAAAUCUAUUUCUCUCAUUACAUAAGUUUAUUAGAGCAAAUCAAUAGCUGUUAAGGUGAAUAUCUGUUACGCAUUGAAUAAUUUAUUGGAUCCCAGCAAAUACUAUUUUGAAAAAAUGCUUCAAAUUCUGUGUGUAUAUGUUUGCGAUCAAGGUUAAGAAGUAAGAUAAAUUGCUAAAGAAGGGUUGCUUAGCUUAAUAAGUUAAAUUGAUAAAAGGGAACUAGAAUCAUUGAUCAUCAAAUUGGCACCUGAGGGAGAAUGCAAAAGAAUUCUGACAAUCAUUAAUGGUGAAUCUACAACAACCUCUGAAUUUAGAAGGUUUGGCGCUACUUAAACAAAAGAAGCUAGAACACCAGAAUUAAGAAAUAGAACUCCUAACAAUAAAAAGUUGUCAGCUGAUUUUGAAUAGAUGCCAAACUAUAUGAAUUAGGCAGAAAUGGGCAAAGAUUGGAAACAAAAAAAGGAGGCUAUUGAUUGGCUUUGCAAUUUCGCAAAAAAAGAGGCUUAAGCUUUGAAUGGUCAUAAAUACUCCAAUAAGUUUUUGGAUCUCCUAUGUAAAUUAGUCGAUGAUGGAAAUAAAAACAUAGCGUUGUAUACUUGCGAAUAGUUCAUCCAAUUAGUUGAACCACUUAAAGUAUUUUAUUUUAAAUACUAUUUAUUAGCUUCCUAUAUAAAAUAACUAUGUUAAUAUAUGGAAUGGAGUAUUUAAAGCUGUCUCGUCCACAAAUAAUUAAGUAAGACAAUCAGCUGAAUCCCUAUUUCACGAACUCAUGAUACAAAUUGACAUUCAGUAUUCAUUACCUUAAAUCUAACAUCUCAUAUUGUAUGGUCCAGCCAAAUCUAAAGGCAUAGCCAUAACAAUGCUAGCAAGUAAUUUACAAUAUUAGGAUUAGAUUUUGUAUAAUAAUUUUAUGAUGAGCGACCUUAAUUAGUAGUGAAACACCUUGUUCCUUUGGCUAAGAAGUUGCAAGAAGAAUAGAAGCCAGACAUUAAAAUAGCAUCCUAGAAACUAUUUUAAGCAUUGGUUUCUACAUGUCCAAACGAUGUUGCUCAUUUGAAGUUAUUAAAAUGA